AUGCCAUUUCCAUCCUUCUCCCUCAACCCAUUCCCGGACCGGGACAAGCCAACUCCGACGGAGUCCACCGCUGCACACGACGAGUUAGCGGCGGUGAAGGCAGCGGCAUGGGCCUGGUACCAGCACGGGUCCGGGUCCGAAUCGAAGCCGAUGCGGGAAUUCGGACUGACCAGGCCCAUCAGUGUCCCCAAGCCAUCUCGCUACAGGCUCGAAGCCACAAACCGAAGUCCAAGUAUUUCGAUUGAGGACAAUUUACAGACACCUAGUCCGAAUAGCAACUCUCUCCUCGACAGCUACGAAAUUGCGAGCAUUUCUAGACGGUUAUCUGACCUUUUAGACCCCAAUGAUCGCAAUAAUUUUAGUCUUAGGAGCUUUGAAUCUGAGAUUAUGGAUCUAGGACGACAAAUUGAGGGGAAAACCACGAAGGCCAACAAAUUCAGUGGGUUAUGGCGGUGGCAGAGGCGGAAACCGUCGUUGAUGUGUGGCAAAAUGGAGGAUGUGGUUCUUGCCACCAAAAAACAUCCCCGUCGGCCCAUGCCACGGUGGACCUAG